UGAUACCGACAUUGUAAGAAAAUAGUUAUAGAUGAAAUGAAAUGCAUUUCCAUGAAAAAUAUCUCAUUGAGAUCUUUGCAGCAAACAUGGAUAGACACGAAGAAACACCCCUGCAAUCGUCGGUGGAAGCGCAAAAUAGUGAAAAGAGUGGACAUUCAGAAGAAAGUGAAGUUUCUAUGGUGAAGAAAAAGGCCCAGUUUUCUGGGUCGUGUAGUUUCCUCGUGUCAUUACUGGGGUAUUCUAUGGGGACCUCCGAUUUUUGGAGAUUUCCUUACCUUGUUUUCCGCAAUGGUGGAGGUGCAUUUCUGUUUCCAUUCGCAAUAUUUAUGAUGCUCGUCGGCAUGCCGCUGUUAUUCUUUGAAGUAUCGGUGUCGCAAUUCUCGGCUAGAGGUCCCUUGAGCAUGUGGAAUCUUGCGCCGUUUUUCAAAGGGAUAGGGGACACGCUUUUUGCGAUUAAUCUGCUGAACAACGUUUACUACAAUAUCUUAAGGGCAUGGAUUCUUGAGUAUUUUGUUGACACAUUCCAAGCCGAGUUACCAUGGGCAAGCUGUAACCAUGAAUGGAACAGACCGGGAUGUAUUGCUAUAGAAACCGAAAGGACAGUAUCUGAUUUUGCAAAACCUAGCAACGCCACAAUGCCCGCAGCUAUAGAACUGCAUCUGCCAAGUAAUAUUACCUCGAACGUCACACAAAUGACGUCUGCGGAACAAUACUGGCAAUAUAAAGUUUUGCAGCUAUCGUCUGGUCUUGGGGACUUUGACGGCAUUAUUUGGGACUUCAUUCUGUACAUCUUCAUCUGGCGUCUUUUAGUAACAUUAUGUAUGGUGAAAAGCAUUAAAUCUAUUGAGAAGGUAAUGUUUGUCACCGUAUUUGUCCCAAUUUUACUGAUGCUUGUGAUCUGGGUCCGCUCGUUGAUGCUAAAUGGUGCCGUGACCGGGAUGUUGUACUAUCUCACACCCACGUUUGACAGGAUAACUGAUCCGAGGGUUUGGUUGGAAGCAGCGUUAAUGGCAUGUUACACACUAGGUCCUGGUUGGGGAACAAUACCUUUGAUUGGAAGCCAUAAUAAAUUCCAUGGAAAUACCAUUAAAUACUCAGUUAUCUCUACUGUUGGCGAUUUCCUAUCAGCUGUAUUGAAUGGUCUCAUUUGUUUUUCUGUUUUGGGUGUCAUGGCGCAUGACAGCGGCCUCGAUUUGGAGAAGACUGUAACUUCCGGUUUGUCGUUAGGAUUUACUGUAUAUCCUACGGCGUUUACGUAUUUUCCCCUCCCACAAUUUUGGUCAGCUGUGUUCUUUGUCAAUCUUAUGCUUGUGGGACUUGAUUCGCAGGUGUUAUCUACUGAGACAGUGAUGAAUUGUCUUCAAGAUAUGUUUCCUAAAUGGUUCAAAGGCAGGCGUAGAAGUUUCGUUAUUGUUUUUCUCAAUAUCGGCUUCUUUCUUCUCACCAUACCGUUUUGCACGAGGGGAGGGAUGUACAUUUUCCAGCUUUUAGAUUGGUAUGCUGCUGCCUGGACACUUCUCUUCGUCUGCUUCAUAGAAUGUCUGGUAUUUACAUGGGUGUAUGGUACUGAGCGUUUAAGCAAGGAUGUUGAGAUAAUGGUCGGUAGACCACUGCCUGCUUUCAUAAGGAUAUCAGGGGCUUUCUUUUCACCCUGUAUAUUUCUAGCCGUUACAAUUCUGUCUUUUGCCGAGUAUAGACCUCCGUCAUAUGGUUCUUACAGAUAUCCAGCUUUCGCUGAAGCAGUUGGCUGGUGUUUGGCAUUUCUUAUCAUAUCUCCCAUAAUCAUCGUAUUUGUGUUCAAUAUAAUUAAAACUUGGAGAACGGAUAAGAAG